UUUUGACGCAAUCUUUUGACGCAAUGGCCAACGGUGCGUCAAAAGAUCUACGGUUGGCCUCAGACCGAACCUUCCUGCCCUAAUCACUCGCAGACUCGCAGAGCCACAAUUGCAACAGUGCAAGGUUGUUGGUUAACUUGCCACAGUGCAAGUAUUCAAGUCAAGUUGCCUCGACUACCAUCCCUUGGUUUCUAUUACCGACUCUCUUCUUCGUUUCAAUUGUCGGUUGUUUGUUUGUUAUAACCACUAGCUAGCUAGCUAGCUAAAAGUGAUUUGUCUGUCAUGGCGAGUCUGGCGAAUGUGGAACACCGCAACCAAGAUGCCACAGUCUAUGUGGGUAACUUGGAUCCGCAGUGUACCGAAGACAUUUUGAUGGAGCUCUUUGUGCAGGUGGGCCGCGUGCAAUCGGUAUACAUGCCCAAGGACAAGGUGACGCAGACGCACAAUGGGUACGGCUUUGUGGAAUUUCUAGAUACCAUCGAUGCCGAUUACGCCAUGGCGAUUCUCAACAUGAUCAAGUUAUACGGACGACCCAUUCGAGUAUCCAAAUCCAGUUUGCACAACAAGAAUGGCGUCGAAGAUUCGUCGUUGGAUGUCGGUGCCAAUUUGUUUAUUGGAAAUUUGGAUCCACAAGGAGACGUCGAUGAGGGAUUGUUGCACGAGACAUUUUCUGCAUUUGGACAACUCAUUCGUCCUCCCAAAAUUGUACGAGACGAAGCUACCAAUGAAAGUAAGGGAUUUGCCUUUGUCAGUUACGAUAAUUUCCAAUCCAGCGAUACCGCCAUUGACUGUAUGAAUGGACAAUAUCUGGGAAAUCGACAAAUUGUCGUGCAAUACGCAUUCAAGAAAACCGCCACGGGAGAGCAAAGCGAAACGACGGGACGACCGGUGGGAGCGGCUCCGGAACGACACGGAUCACGAGCCGAACGCAUGUUGGCCGAUGCCAAACAAAAACAACGACAGCAGCAACGACAGCAACAAUACGGUGGAUCUUCGACGACGACUACGUUUUUCAAGCCUAAUACGCAAUUUGCUUCGGCCAUGCCGAAUUCCGCGGGUUUAGGUCACAACAACAACCACAACAACACACCACCACCCCCGCCGCCGCCGCCGUCCAUGAUGGCAUCCAAUAUGCCACCCCCACCGCCUCCUCCUCCACCACCACCCAUGACCAUGAAUAUGCCUCCCCCACCACCUCCUCCGCCGCCACCAAUGUAAUAUACGAAACUGAUAAAUAGCUGGAUGUAUUGCGUGGAUGGAAAGGAAAUCACUGGCAUGGCUGCUGUCUGUUGGUGGAAGAGAUAGAUAAUAAUAUGUUGGUACCGGUAGCGUUCCGCACUUCAACUCCCACCAACAGACCAGCCAUAAUAAGGGUGCAAGAAUGAUUCAAAGUUUAGCUAGCAACCGUAGUUACCGGUAUGCUUCGUUGAAACGUAGUUUUCAGGGACGACGGAAAUUAGGCAGUUGGGUAUUGAAAAUAAGUAAUGUACCAGGUACGGUACAUGUACUACCUAGUACCCUGUAGACAGAAUCUGAUUGAUUGAUGUACUCAUUGAUUUGAUGGUUUUUUUUUCUGUUGGCCUGUCCCAUGCGUUGCUUGAGAGCAGUGCCUUGUACUGGUAUACAGUACCUCUGGCUGGCAGGACGAGUGAGAGUCAGCUACCAUAACAGAUACUACUGUGGGGAUGGGCAAAUCUUGCAAUAGCCCUGUAUUGUAAUGGAUGUGACUCGCCAAAAUCAGUUAAAAAGACGAAAUUCGUAUUUUUGCCGGAAGAUAAAUUUAAUUGGAUUGCAUUGGAUUGGA